AUAGUCUCAUAGGCAUCAUGCAACUUGGGUGCACAUCAACGACAUCUACAACCAUGGCUCUCUUCACUUUGGCCACCAUCGCUGCUGCUGUCGCGUUCCCUAGCAUCGCUGCUGCGGGCAAGGUUCCUGCUGGGGUUAUCUCCGUCCCGUUGUCUCGCGAUGCAGGCUUGACGGCGUACUAUGCCAAGCUGCAGGUUGGGACACCGCCGCAGACAGAGUAUCUCAAGAUCGACACUGGCAGCCCGCGAUAUUCCUUCCUCGACCCUCGUAAUGAGGUCUGCAAAGAGCAGGGAAACAAUUGCAAGACGUUUGGCACUUUCAACAACAAAACAUCCAAAACAUCUCGCUAUGCAGGUGAUGGAUUCGCUGAUGCCUUGGGCUACGUCGGUCGAGGCGAUUAUUUGGAGGACACUAUUGUCAUCGGCGGUGUUUCAACCAAGAACAUGUACUUUGGCAUGACUUCCGAUUACAGUUUCCCCGACAAGCUCAGUGGCGACAUCAGCACGAUCCUCGGUCUAUCGCUAGAGUGCGGGUAUGCUGGCCCCAAGUGCACUGACAGGUUCUCCUCAUACUUCCUGCCAGAGCUGAAGAACGCCUCCAAGAUCAACUACCUUGCGUCGAGUCUCUACCUCGGCCCCGAUGACAGGAAGGCCGCCAACGCCAGGAUGCUCCUCGGUGGAGCUUACGACAAGGCCAAGAUUGACGGUGAUCUCAUCACCGUGCCUAUGGUCGACCCUUUCAGCAACGCCCUUACCGGUGGCCAGACCAAUGUGGUCAAUGUCACCUCUGUCGAGGUCUUUCUCACCAAGGGCAACAAACGCACCAAGGAAACAUACGGCAAGAAGAAAGUCGGUGUUCCCGUAUUGCUGGACACUGGUGUUGCGAGCUGGUACCUCACCGACAAGACCUUGGCUCCUAUCCUCAGCGCUUUUGGUGCCAAGACACAGCCUUUUGGCCAGCAAUACUUUGUGGUUGACUGCAAGUACGCGGACUCUAAGCGCAAUGACGGAUACAUCGCUGUUGAGUUUGGUGUUCACGGCACGAUCAAGGUUCCGCUCUAUGGCGUGGUGACCAAAUUCUCUGAUGGCACUUGUGGAGUAUUUUCCGCCUCUCGCGGGGACGCAGUGUCUAUCUUUGGUGAUCCUUUCCUGCGCAAUGUGUACAGCAUCUUUGACCAGGAGAAGUUCUCUAUCUCGAUGGGUAAGGUGAAGCAUACAGCUGUGGAAAAUAUUGUGCCUUUCCCCAAGGGAGGCUUCAAGCCAACUCACUACUGAAGAGCGUAAAGAAUGUAGAACUGUUAAAACGAUAUAUAUGGAUACGUCGUGGCUCAGAUGUAGUGGGGAGAAGUUAGCGAUAUGGGUUUUAUGUACAUAGCUAAGUGAAAAUACAUAACGACAAGACAUGUUUUCUGA